ACUUGAGUGACUGGUUUCUGAGGACGUUCUCUACACAGAGGAACUCUUACUGCACCUGUUUUGAGUUUUGGAGUUCCAUAAAACAUGGCAGCAGAGGGAUUCUACUACCGGGCACUCUACCCAUUUACCAAGGACCAGGAAGAGGACCUGGAUCUGCUGCCUGGGGACCUCCUGACAGUCGGCAGGGCCUCUCUGGUGUCAGUGGAGAACUAUGAGGAGGGCUGUGAGGAGCAUCCAGAGCGCCUGGGCUGGCUGCUCGGUUGCAACCAACGCACCAAGCAGAGAGGCGACUUCCCGGGGACAUUUGUCCAGUAUGUGGGCCCCAUUAAAACGACUCCCCCAUCAAGUCAGCCGAGGUCUCAGAGACCUCUCCCUGCUGUUCCUACUUUAGAAACAGCCCAAGCUGCUUCCUUGCCAGACCUCAGUGAGCAGUUCACACCACCAGAGAUGGCCCCCCCAGUCCUGGUGGGCCUGAUCCAAGCCAUAGAGAGGAGAGGUCUGGACAGCAAGACGUUGUACAGGACAUUCAUCCCCACGGGCGUGGACAGCUCAGAGUACACCCUGAGUUCAGAGAGUGAUCUUACUCAGGAUGUGGGUCACCUGUCUGAAAGCAUCCUGUGCUAUCUGAGAGACCUCCCAUCACCCGUCAUCCCUGCAUCUAUCUACUCCCAUCUACAGCAGCAGCUCCACCAGCAGUCGGCAGAUGGAGCUGUUUCUGGUAGCCAUGACAGAGAGAUAAGUCUGUCCGUUGAGAACUCCACUUCCAUCCCCGUCCACCACCGCCUCACCCUGCAGUACCUCCUGACACACCUGGACAAGGUUGCCCAGGCUCAGGCCAGCAAUGACCUGGACAUGCACACUUUGGGAAAGAUCUUUGGGCCCCUCCUGGUUCGGACGAGCCCCUCCAUCUCUGGGUUGUCACUGGAUGAGGAUUUCCCCUCCUUGGUGGUAGAAAGGCUGCUGAUAGAGAGAACUCUUCAACAAGCCUGUCUGCCUCCAGUUCCCCCAGUAAAGCCAGUCAAGUCAAAAAUGACACCAUCAGCCGUGACGGACUCGAACAGCCUGCUGAACGAUGCUGAGUGGUACUGGGGAGAUAUUUCUAGAGAGGAGGUGAAUGAAAAGCUACGAGACACUCCUGAUGGCACCUUUCUGGUCCGAGACGCCUCCAGUAAACUGGAGGGGGAGUUCACGCUCACCCUCAGGAAAGGGGGAAACAACAAGCUCAUAAAGAUUCAUCACAACGAUGGGAAGUAUGGAUUCUCAGAGCCUCUGACCUUCCUCUCUGUAAUAGAGCUCAUCAGUCAUUACCGCCACGAGUCCCUGGCUCAGUACAACCCCAAGCUGGACACCAAGCUUCUGUACCCUGUUUCCAAAUGCCAACAGCUGGUGAAGGAGAACAGCAUAGAGGAGGUUGGGGAGAAAAUGAAGGUGUAUCAUGAGCAGUACCAGGAGAAGAGCCUCGAGUACGACUCUCUGUAUGAGGAAUACACACGCACUUCACAGGAGCUGCAGAUGAAGCGCACAGCCAUUGAAGCCUUCAGUGAGACCAUCAAGAUCUUUGAGGAGCAGUUUGAAACUCAGGAGCGGUACAGCAGAGAGUCUUUACAGCGAUUUCAACGUGAGGGCAACGAGAAAGAAAUUCAAAAGAUUCAGAGCAACUCGGAGCGUUUGAGGUCUCGUGUGAAGGAGAUUCAUGACAGCAAGUGUAAACUGGAGCAGGACCUGAGGCAGCAGGUGUCUAACAACAGAGAGAUCGAUAAGAAGAUGAACAGCCUGAAGCCCGAUCUCAUGCAACUUCGGAAGAUCAGGGACCAGUACUUGAUAUGGUUGACACAAAAGGGGGCGAGACAGAAGAAAAUCAACGAAUGGCUGGGCAUAAAAAACGAUGGUGAUGACCCUUACUCACUGGAGGAGGAUGAAGGCUCACCUCACCAGAGCGAGGGUACGUGGCAUAUGGGUGAUAUUAAACGCACCCAGGCUGAGGAAAUGUUGAUGGGCAAAUGUGAUGGAACCUUUCUCAUCCGUGAGAGUCAGUCACAGAAAGGCUCCUACGCCUGCUCUGUAGUUGUGGAAGGAGACACAAAGCACUGCGUCAUCUACAAGACAACUACCGGUUAUGGAUUCGCCGAGCCCUACAAUCUGUACUCCUCCCUCAAAGAUCUCGUGCUCCACUACAAAAAUGUCUCCUUGGUCCAACACAACGACCAGCUGAAUGUAAACUUAGCCUACCCAGUCUUGGCCCGUUCUCAGAACCAGAACUAGAACCAGCCCUUGAUGGAUCCUCCACCAGCAGUGAAUCAGGCCAACCAGACAGUACAGUGUUUGCUCAUGUGUUUAACAGGUCAGCAAAAAGGUACUGAGUCCUGUUUUAUAAAGAAGAAGUUUGUGUAUUUUUGGACCGGAGCGUGGUGUAUAUUUGCCAUGCUGGUUCUGGUCCAGUUAAGAGCACUCUGGCCUCAUCAAAAGCACACAGCUACUGAUAUGAAACGACCGUACACUUAGCCUGGUUGGUGAGAUUUGACUUCCUCUUUAGUCCGCCUGCACAGUCUGUCAGAACAACAGCUGUUACAUUAGACAUGAAAACAAAAGACUGAGCACAAACAAGUUUUUUAAGAUUGCACAGAGAAGCAGAGACCAGACGAUGGUUUGGUAGAAGAAGAAGAACAGAGAAACAGGAAGCUCUUUUUCGAUGUCUUUCUCAUAUUUUUCUGAAUACAAAAGUUUUAGACAAAGGCCCAGUCUAUGACCAAGACUUUCUGCACACUCCUCGUAGACCUGGAUCGGCUUGGCUGAACUGGACUUUUCACCUCUCAGCUAGAAGUGGCUGAAGAGAACGUGGAGUCACAAGUGAUGGGGUGAUGUGACUGUGAGUUUGUAGGGAAUGACGUAUGGAGGUGCAGAUGUUUUAGAGGUAAAAAAAAGCAAUAUAUUUAAUCUAAAGCAUACUGAAGGGCCACAAUAAAACUGAGCAAUCACAGACCUGCAUCACAAUGAUGAAGCUCCAGAAAGAGAUGCAGAUGUUACCU